CCAAAUCUCGGUGCGAAGGUGAGACGCUGCUGAGCAGAUCCACAGAUUCACAGAUGGCCGGUGAGAAGGGCCCCUUCACCAAAAUCACGGCGGCGGUCAGCGUUCAGGAUGGCCAGUUUCUCAAGCCGUGCAGCGCCAAAAGGAAGGCAGAUGAGGCGGCUGCCGGCGACGGCGAUGAGUCUCACCUGAACCUGAAGGUGCGCAGUCCCAAAAGGAAGGCGGAGGCUGCGGCGACCGGCACUACUUUGGGGGAAGAAGAAUUUGCUUCAGAGAAGCCGCGAGCGGCGGACGCCGUCGCAGCGGCCUCGGCGUCGGCGGCAACCAAAGGAGACGGGGCCGCUCCGGCGAGGAAGAAGACGCGGCUACCGCAGGAGGAGGUCGACCGGAUCCUUGCGCGGGCGGUGGACACCAGUCACCCUCCUCGUUUCAUCCAGGCCCUGAGGAGCAAAAAUCCCAGCUUGCUGCCUUCGCCGGAGGAGGAGACGGACGCGUCCAAGGUGGCCUUGUACGCCACCGCCCGUAUGUACUACGAAUCUCGACAGAGUUUCGCCGAGUACCAGGCCUGGGUCCUUAGCCAGCUCCAUGACAAGGGCUACGUCGAGGUGGACGACGAGGCCAUCGCGGUCCGGGCCGAGCUCAGAGCAUACAGCGAGCAAGCGCGGAAGGAGGCGUUGAGAGACCUCACCCGCUCCCAUUCCGACCAAGACUGAUUUAUUAAUCAAGUCUUUUGAGUUCCAUAGCAAGGAUGAAUCCAUGUUGUUUCUCCGGAGAUUCGGAGUUGUAAGUGCACUUCGAUCUGUCUGUCUAUCUGUGGUGAUGUGCUUAUCUAGCAUACGCUGAUGAACACCUUGUAUCCUCUGUAAUUUGUGAGGAGAAGGAUGAUGGUCGCCUUGCUUAAUAAUUCACCAAGUUUUGUAUCCCUGAUGCGAUUCUGUUCUUAGUUUCUUACCUUGCAGCAAUCUGAGUGCUUGGCUCGACAUGUUUCUGGCCCUUCUGUUUGUGACACUGUAUUGUAAAUUUGUAA